UAUCAUAAUGCCUCUCAGCCUUUUUAUGGCAACAGGAUCAGGGGCUAUCAAUUACAUAAUAGAGCAUGCUGAAGUUGAUGUUGUUUUUGUCCAAGAUAAGAACAUGAAAGAAAUUCUAUCUGCCGAUUGCAAAUCUGCUCAGCGACUGAAAUCGAUUGUUACAUUUGCUUCAACAACAAGGGAACAGAUUGAUGCUGCCACUAACUCUGGAGUGAAAGUGCAUUCCUGGAAUGAAUUCCUCCAGAUGGUUAGUCUCUUGAGAUUUUGUCUACACAUAUUAACUAUAUCUAGCAAUCAAGAAAUCAUCUUGGUGGCCCUUCUUACUACCAAAACUGAGAGAAAGUUACUGUAAAGCUUCCUAACAUCUUGGUUAGUCUCUUUAUCCUUUUUGAUGCAGCAUUGUAGGCAUGCCUUCUUUUUCUUAUAUUAUAGGUUGUUUGGCUUGUUCAAAGACUUGUUUUCCUUUUUGGGCCGGGCUAGGGAUCGGGCUGGCCCAAACGAGCUGGCCCAAACGGGCCGGCCCAGGUUAGGGCCCAACUGGGCCGGCCCAAAUGGGCUCGGGCCGGG